AAAAUGGAGGUGGGAGAUGGUGCAUCGAGUUCAUCAUCGAGCAAGAAACCAGAGGAGGACGAGAUCGUUGAAAAGAACAAGAAUUUGAGCGUGUUGGUUGUUGAUGACGACCCAGUCAUACGGAGGUUCCAUGAUAUGCUUCUCCAGAGCUUUGGAAUAAAGCCCCAUAUUGUUGAAAAUGGGAAAGAAUCUGUGGAUCUUUUUGUUAUUGGGCAGUCUUACGAUCUCAUUCUAAUGGACAAGGAAAUGCCUGUCAUGAAUGGCAUUGAGGCAACAAAGGAGAUAAGAGGAAUGGGGAUACACAGCAUGAUCGUUGGUGUAACUGACUCUGACUUAGACAGCGAGAAGCAAGAAUUCAGGACGGCUGGUGUAGAUUAUUGCUUUGAAAAGCCUUUGACUCCUGAAAGGAUCAAUCUUCUUCUAAAUGACCUCAACAACUAAG